GACGGCGAACCAUUUUUCAGGUUCUUACAAAAUGGAUACAAAGAUGUUAAACACAACGUGUGGGUACUAGAUUGGAUAAGGAUUAAUGCUGUAUUGCUUCGAAAAUAAGCCAUUAUUUCUCAUAAAAAGUGACAAAGAUAACUACGGGACAGGGGACGGGGCGUACCUACUGAAAAUAUUACGAUAAGUACUAAAACUAACGAUUUCUAUAAAGACAGAACUGUAUCUAAGAAAGUGUUAACAACACAUAUAUUGUAUGUACCUACAUAUUUAUUGAUUUAUACAAUAUAUUCCACUAAAUUCGAAUUAGUCAUUGUGAGUAAAUUUGAUACGAAACAGAAACUCCUAUCUCGGUGAUAAACACAGAUAGCCGCUAGCAGCUGAUUUAUUUUUACGUUCACUGAUAACCUGAUAAGGACCUUACCCUGUCGCAUUUACCACAAACGCUUUGGCUGAGGCCGAGUUUCGAGCGAGUGGCGCGAGAUUGAUUCAUAUUUGAAGUGUGGACCAACAAUACCCUAAUAUUUUUAUUCAUUAAACGGUUUCUCGGUGAAUUUCAUGUUGUGUGUGGAGAAGCUCUCGGUUAUGUUCCUGUAGUGCUCCGCUCGUGUGGUGCUGCACUGUGGCGUGGUGUUGUACGAGUCGAGUGCCAACAUGGGUUGUGUCGCGCGCGCCGUGCCCACCGCAUUCCUACACAUCAACCUCUUAUUGAUGCUAUUCGCGGGUGCGAUUCUAUCAGCUGCAGCGCGUCUUAAGUGGGAUCCCAGCGCUUACAUCGCGGCGCGGGAGUUGUUCUCGCUGGAGUACCGCACGGCUGCCGUCAUGCUGCCUGCCAGCGGAUUUAGCAUAAUGCUGUUAGCGCAUCUCGCGCUAACCGCAUUGCGUUGCCGCCGACUGAGCCUGCGACGCGUACUUCUUAUAUUGUACGCGACCACAACGUUCUUGGUCGUCUGGUGCGAGGUGGUGUGGGGAUGCUGGGUGACGUACCGCGUGCUGCGCUGGAUGCGCGGGAAGCAGGCGGCCGAGCUGCGACACGCGCUGCAGCUGAGCGACCACCUGCACCCACUGCUACAGCACCUAGCGCACUAUCACCCUCUGCCCGAGAAAGUCAACCAACUCAUGGAGGAGGCGGAGAAAGACCUGCCAAGCAACGUGUACGUGCUAGCGUGCGCCAGCGGCAUCAUGGUGGGGCUGCAGGCCUUGUCCGCCGCGUUGGCGCUGCUGGCCGCGCGCGGCGCGCGCCGGCCCCGCGCACGCGCACUCGACGCUCACAGCACGGUCACUACCACCACCCCGCUUAGUUGUAGGAGAGGCGACGGCGAGAAGUCUCCCCUGAGGGCGGUGUACAGGAACGGUCGCCUGGUGAUGGUGUGAGAGUGCCCAGUAACUGUACUUGGUGGUGUCAGUGAACACUUCGAGUAGUGCGUCGUAGUGGUCGCUCCGCUAGCGACACAGGCACAGACAAAUCAUUGAAGACUGAAUAUGACUGCGUGCAGUGUGAAUUAUAAUAUAUUUCUUAUAAGUUAUACAUUUAUAUUUAUUAAUAGUGAAUUAAACUCAUUUGCAUACUUUUAUGAACGUG